AUGAGACGACCUUUUGAUGAUGAUGGUGAUGAUGAUGAUGAUGAUGAUGAUGAUNNNNAUGAUGAUGAUGAUAAUGAUGAUGAUGAUGAUAAUGAUGAUGAUGGUGAUGAUGAUCGAAUAUUGCUGCUUUUCAAGAAAGUACAUGUUACUGAGGGCUUUUCCGGAUCACAUUUCAUUGCUUACAUGAUUCACAGAUACAAUUAA